GUUCGAAACUAUAUAUAUACUCCUAUGUCCUCUGUGGAUGUGUAACUCAGCAGUCUUGAAAAUAUUAUAUAAAAACUCCUACUUGUCCACUUUUACCCCUAUUGGCGCUGCUUGCACAUGCCUGAUAUACGGUCAAUGUGGAAUAUACAACAUCGUUGAAAAUGUCUCCCCAUAAAUUAAUCGUCGUCAUUGGCGCCACCGGCAAUCAAGGAUCGUCUGUUGUCCGUACAUUCCUCAACCUACCUAACUGGAACGUGCGUGCUGUGACCCGCAAUCCCUCGUCACCAGCCGCACAGCAGCUCGCCUCUUUCGGAGCCGAUGUUGUCCAAGCGGACCUGGCGGAUCUGGAUUCUCUCCGCGUGGCAUUCCAGGGAGCACAUGCCGUGUUUGUGAACACCGAUUUCUGGGGCCCCUAUAGAUCGAAUCCCGACCCGGCACGACGCGAUGGCCGCGGGGCAUUUGACGUGGAAGUGCAGCAUGGACGGAACGCGGCGAUUGCGGCUGCUGGAGUCGCCUCUCUUGAACGCUUUGUUUAUUCGGCACUGGGGCCUAUGACCCGGGCUUCAAAGGGAAAGUACUCCCGGUCCUUCCAUUGGGAUUCGAAAGCAGCCAUUGUCGACUUCAUUGAGGGCCAGCAACCGGACCUGGCCAAGAAGACUUCGCUCAUCUACCUUGGGGCUUAUGCGACGAAUCCCCUCUUCACGCCGGCAUGGAAUCCGGAAUCCGGGAAAUACCGAUUUCAAGUCCCUCUGACGGGCGAGGUUGAGAUGGGAUUCAUCGAUGCGGCAGAGUCCACGGGUCCGUUUGUUCAGGCGUUGAUCGAAGCGGAAGCGCCGGGCACGAAAUUGCUCGCUUACGAUAGUAUGUUCAGGAUCGGUCAAUUGGCUGGCCUCUGGUCGAAGGUCACUGGGAAGCCGGCCGAGCUGGAAUCCGUCACCCCGGAUUUCAUGCACCAGCAAUUCGGGAUCCCGUGGGAGGUGCUUGAAGGUCCCAGGUUCAUUGAGGAAUAUGGAUACAUGGGCGGAGUGGGUGGGUAUAUUGUGCCUUCCCAAUUGAAGGCCAGGGUGAACACCAAGCCUUUCGAACAGUGGUUGGCUGAGCAGGAUUGGGAUCGAAUUUUGGAUUCUGGAAGGACUGAACUGGCGAGCAUGAAAGUACAGAAAUAG